AUGGGGCGACUUAUGAGAUUUACCGCCAUCCAGAUAGUUAUAUUGGCAUUGGCAGCAGUUCUUGGAAUUUCUAUCUGGACACUCUGGCUAGGAGUCAACUCUGAUAGAGACAAUAUCCAUCCACUACUCAAUCAUCUAAUCCCCGCUGGCCACUGUGCUUGUCAGACUUCUACUAUCUUUAAAUGUGACAACUGUAUUGAGUGUCCCGUCCAGCCAUUUCAUGACACUACUUCCUCGUCCUUUGCGCCUCCCGCGCGGUCUGCCUUUGAUCCGUCCGAGUAUUCUUACAAUGACACUCAAUGCACCAAUUUGUUCCCCGGUCUUUUUGAAGAUCCUCUCCGUGCCCAGUUCUUCUGGACAGCCAGACAUGGAAUUAGCAGGGCUGAUAUUGACAAUAUCAAGAUGGUAGAUGGCAUGGCUAGGGUAGCUGUCUAUCAAGGACGGCUUUAUGUUCAUAGAGCCCUAGCUAAGGGGGAGGAUCACCGGCGUAAGAUCCUGGGGAUCUUGGGCUCAAUUCAUCGCGCCUUAGUCUCGGCGCCAUAUACUAUCCCAGACACAGAGAUUAUCUUCUCCGUAGAAGAUAAAUUGGAGGACGUCGCUGGACCAGAUCAUCCUCUCUGGGUAUUAGCCCGGAAGGCUACCGAGGAGUCUGUUUGGCUGAUGCCGGAUUUUGGCUUCUGGUCUUGGGGCCACAUUGAUAGUCGAAUUGGGCCGUAUGACGAGGUAGUCAAGCACAUGGAAAAGAAUGAGCUCCCCUGGGAUGAGAAAGAGGAUAAGCUGGUCUGGCGCGGAAAGCUGAGUUUCGCCCCGAAGCUACGCCGUACACUACUUGAGAUUGCACGGAAGUAUGCCUGGGGUGAUGUAAAGGAAGUUGAAUGGAAGAAUAAGGCCAACUACCUUAGCAUGGAAAAACAUUGCGAUUAUAGGUUCAUUGCUCACGUGGAAGGUCGUUCCUACUCUGCAUCUCUUAAAUAUCGCCAGGCCUGCCGAUCGGUAGUAGUGAUCCAUAAACUGCAAUAUAUCCAACAUCACCACUAUCUUCUCGUCUCGUCUGGCCCACAGCAGAACUUUGUUCAGGUGGAGAGGGACUGGGCCGAUUUGCCACACAAGGUACAAGAGCUUCUCGAUGACCCUCUCAAGGCUCGCAUGAUUGCAGACAAUAACGUGAAAGUAUUUCGUGAACGAUAUUUAACUCCAGCUGCCGAUGCAUGCUACUGGAGGGCGUUGCUGCAGGAAUGGGCCACUGCAUCGCCUGAGAUUACCGAAACCAUGAGCGACCCAACCAGUGGUCCAAACAGAGCGAUU